UUCGUUUUGUUAGACUGCUCGAAAGUUUCUAUUAUAUAAUUCAAACCAAUUUUACGUUUUGUAACACCUUGUGUAAGGCUGAAAUGACCAAUGAGUUUAGCCUCGUUCUGUGCAUGCGUAAGUAAACUGGCUCAUUUUGAUAAAUUUACGCACGGGACGGCUCUCCCUCCUUUCACGUUGUCAGAGUUACAGGGGGUUAUGCUGCCUAAGCAAGGAAGCAGACUGAUAGAGUACGUCGCAAUCUCUCCCUGACAGAAGGUUUUAUUCUACAGAAUGAUCGUAAUAUAGUCUCAUAGUUAAUAUUACUUUUUCUUUUAUCAGUUCUCUCCAAGAUGGCAAAGUUCGCAACGUUGCUUUUGUACAUUCUGCACGGUUUGGUUCAGUGUAUCGUUGCACAACAGCAGCAGUCGCGGGAUAGACCAGGUCAGUGGAGGCAGAGGAUUCGGUGGCAGAACAAUGGGCAGUUAUAUAGUUUAUUUAGCACCGGUUCCGAGUACCAACCACCUGUGCAAUCAAGGGCGCAGUCCAGGGUGUUCCUGAGCUCCCGUACCGAUGCUUCGUCAGGGAGGGCACAGAUAGCCACAGGAGCAUCAAGCGCUGGGCGACAAACUAGAGAACAGGCGAACUAUGAGUCCAGCCAAGGAGCUAAUGUUCUGGGGAGAGAAAACAGGCAAAACAUUGUUGCAGCGAACAGCCGUGUACCAGGAGCCAGAAUUCAGACGGUGCCGUCUCAACGUCAGGCGCUCACGGGUCCUCCGGGAGCGCGCCGUUACGUGCCAGAAUACACGCACAGGACAAAUUUCAGCACCCAUGGGACACUGCCUGAAUUUUCAGGUAGCGGGGUGCCCAGACGAGGAGGCAACCCCGCCGUCGAAGACAACAGUGCGAGAGGGACACCUCAUUCAGCCGGUGUCUAUAAUCAGGGCAAUGCAUUCCUUCCCGCAGAAUCUGCGCCUGUUGCCUUGGAGGAUCCAAACUCUUUCACAAUCCCAGACUCUGGCCCCCAGAGAUUACCAAGUCAAUCCACUGCUGUAGGCGGCCCGGGGCCCAAUGCGAACAGGGAGGAUGUGCCCGUCGAUGACACGACUAUCAUCGAUCAAAUGGCUAAUGAUGACCCCCGGAACCCUCAGAAAAACCAUAGAAAUAAUGUUUUCUACAAUGCCUACCCUUCCAGAUCAAACCCCCGAACGCGUCGUCCUCCUCCUGGGACGGGGUACGGCACCAGAUAUUUCCACAACGGUCUUCCGGACCUAGUUCCUGACCCGUACUCCAUCCAGGCAGGUACAUAUAUUCAACGUGUACAGAUGUAUGCGCUGCGCUGCGCCGCAGAGGAGAGCUGCUUGUCACGGUCAGCAUAUAGACCGAGCGUGAGGGACAUAGACUACAGGGUGCUGCUGCGCUUCCCACAGCGAGUGAGAAACCAGGGAACAGCAGAUUUCCUGCCGGUGAAGCCCAGACACCAGUGGGAAUGGCACAGCUGCCAUCAACACUAUCAUAGCAUGGAUGCCUUCAGUAACUAUGACCUCUUGGAUGCGCAGGGCAGGAAAGUGGCUGAGGGACACAAAGCCAGCUUCUGUCUGGAGGAUACGGGCUGUGACACUGGCUUCCGCCGGCGGUUCGCCUGUACGACACACACACAGGGCUUAAGUCCAGGCUGCUAUGACACCUACGCUGCUAACAUUGACUGCCAGUGGAUUGAUAUCACUGACGUUCCACCGGGGAGCUACAUUCUCAAGGUCACAGUCAACCCCAAUUUUCUAGUGCAGGAGUUAGAUUUUUCCAACAACGUGGUGAGGUGUGAUAUUAUAUAUUCCGGCUCUCACGUACAGACACGGAACUGCCGAAUUACCAGGAACUAGACAGUCUGGAGAAGUGAGCUGAUAUCAGCUACUGGGAACCAAACAGUUCCUUAAGGCUUUGCUGGUGAGGUAUAUAUAUUGAUUUAGUUCCUGUUUUGAUUUUUUCCAAAGGACUCGCUGCCAAUUUUGAGGCACCACCAUUUGUCUUAGUGUUUUUAAUAGGAGUGCUCUCAACCUGAAUUAUGACUAUGAACAAAACUUUUCCCUUAAAUCAUUUUUUGUACCAUUGGUAACUGCAGUGCAGCAUAUAUUCUGUCAUUUUCCUGACAAAGAAAGAAAUAAAAUGAUUAAAUAUGAUUUGCUUUUAUAACAAGGAUGUCCUUAGAUGAAGGUGCAAAUGUUAUGUGUUAGCUAAUAAGCUUGUUUGUUAUUUGUUAAUUGCCAGUAAUUGCUUGAAAAUGUAUUUAUUUCUCUUGUCACGUAUUUUGUAAUACAGAACGAAUACUUUUUUAAUUUAUAUAUGAGAUAAUAUAAUGACAGUCUCAAAUGUUUCAUUUGGUAUGAACCGAGUUAAUAUUAAGUCAGUUUCAUAUUUCCCUAUAAACCACUUGCUGAUAAUAAACACAUAAACACACACAAUAUGUUCCAUUCAUUACCAUAGUCCCAUAUCAUGUAAUUAUAUAAAACAAAUGUAAUAAUGCAUUUUGAGAUUGUCUAUGUACUGUAAUGUUCUGAGGCUCUGGAUUCUCACUGGAUAAUUUGUCUUAUGUUAUAUCUUGUUUUGCUUGCAAACAAUAAACACUAUAUGAGGGUUACAUUAUUACAA